AUGAAUUUGACAUGGCAGCGACAUCACUCGGCAGACAACAAACCCCCAAAGGUCAAGACCAGUAUCUCUGAAGCAGGCACUCCAGAUCAACCCAGGAACGACGAUAGAGCUAGACUGUCAUCAAAUAACAAGAGACCGUCGAGUGCUACCAGGGCCUUACGAGAGUUCAAGUUUGUUGCCGGCCGGCCGACGAAACGACGGAAGAAAAGCCAUACAGCUGAAGAUGGCGUAAAGCUCAAGUACGCAUUUGCCGUUAGCGAACCAGGGGAUUCUAUAAGCUCAGAGAUUUUGCCAAUGUCCAUCAGCCCAUCGCUCUCUCUGACCGAGUUUGGCAAUUCGUUCGAUCUGCCGCCCGAUGCUUUAUCGCUUCAGUCAGAAGCAGCCAUUUCCGCAGGCAUCUGGCAAUCCACGGUCUUGGAUUCGGAGUUCGUCCCCGAGGUUCAGAACGUCCAUAGCCCGGACACUGAGAGUCUGGAGCACUGUCUGCAAAUUCAGCAGUAUACCAAUUCUCCUGGAGCAUGGAGCCAGCUCACGCCAGGAAGGACCACGGACUCAUGGUCUGAGGCCGGACACAUUUCCGAGUCCGAAUACGCUUAUCAGACGACUCCCGCUUAUAUCUCUCAGAUAUGCUUCCCAACACUCCACGACAAGUUCUCGGGUCUGCUCAACAUGUAUGACAUUCAGUUCACCAAGUAUCCGAUCACCAACGACUUUAGUGUAAAUCCUUACCGAUACAGACCGGAGACGGCCAAAGGUUCGCGGCAUUUACUACACGCGAUCCUGGCGAUCACGUCGCAUUUCACGCUUCGGUCGCCUACCCAGGCCACGCCCCCAGCCGAAGCGCUGGAUCACAAGAACACGGCCAUGGUGCUCUACCAAAGCGCGUUGACGAGGACCGACUUGUACAACAACGGUCUCAGCCUGCUGGACACGACACUGGCUCUCUGGCAACUUGAGGCGACCAUCUCGGCCCUCAACAUCUGGAGAUCUCGGCUGACAGACGCAUACCAACUUCUCGAGCUCUGCGGCGGCCCCGGAAUAUGGUCUUCAAGCAAGCGAGCGAACGUACAGGUAUCCAUGAUACUCUGGUGGGACACCAUGGUAGCCAUGCUCGCCCGCACAGAAUGCAUCCUCCCCUAUACAUACCUCGAAGCCGUCCUGCGACACGAAGGCCGCCAGCCGUGGACGUUCUACGAACUGAACGGCUGUCCGCGUGAACUCUUCGUUCCCAUGAUCCAGCUAGCGAACCUAUCAGCUCGGAAAGAGAGCAGGACUGCCGCCCUCCUUGUUUCCCAAAUCGAACAAUCGUUGAGACGUUAUGAAUAUCCCGGUGCGGGCAGGGGUUUGUAUCUGGACGCCAACACCGAUGACGAAGAAGCCAUGCAUAUCGAACGUGACAAAUAUCACUGCUGCGAGGGCUUUCGGUACGCCCUGCUGAUCUACAUUCUACGCGUUUUCACCGUCCCGAAGCAGAAGCAGGGGCAGAACCACGACCACCGGCAUCAGCAACUACAGGCCACAGCUCAAUCGAGGAUAUCAUUCCUGUCACGCGUCUGCCUCGACCAUGUAGCAGCCUGUCGAUCUACCUCGCUGAUCCAGAAACAGCUUCUAUUCCCCGUGUUCAUCGCCGGCUGCGAGAUGCGCACCGUGACGCACCGCGAGUUCGCCGCCGAAUUCUGCAGGCGGUGGUUCCGAAAGUUUGGAUACCAGAUGUUCAUGACUGUGCUGGACGUGAUGGAAGCGGUGUGGACCGAACAAGAUAUCGGGCAUGAAGACUUCUGGUGGGGAGACGAGCUUGAUGCCCGGCGCGCAAAGGAGGGAGACUUUGUGCAAUUCUGCUUCGGAUGA